AUGGUGCGAAAACUGAAAACCCAUGAGCAGAAGCUCCUCAAGAAAACCGACUUCAUGUCGUGGCAAGUGGAUCAGCAAGGGAGACAAGGAGAUAUGCUCAGAAAAUUCCACGUCACCAAGCGAGAACACUAUGCCCUUUACAAUACACUAGCUGCCAAGAGUCGUGAAGUGGCAGAGCUCAUCAAAAACCUCCCCGAAUCGGAUCCAUUCAGAGCUAAAUGCACAGAGGAUAUGUUAACAAAGUUCUUUGCUGCCGGUCUUAUUCCCACUGGAGAUACACUAGAAAGAAUCGGAAAGGUAAGUGGUGCCUCGUUUGCACGCCGUCGUCUCCCAGUUGUGAUGCGUAAUACCGGAAUGGUGGAAUCUGUAAAAACGGCAUCGGAUCUUGUUGAGCACGGACAUGUUCGAAUUGGAACGAAACUUGUCACUGAUCCUGCGUUUAUGGUAACAAGGGUAUCUGAGGAUAUGAUUACAUGGACGAAUGCAUCGAAAAUCAAACGACACGUUAUGGAUUAUAACAACACUAGAGACGAUUUUGAUCUUAUGGAUUAA